AUGGCUGAAGACUUUGGCGCACGUUGCCAUCGCACGCUGAACGAUAACAUCACGCACCUCGUGGCGACCAGUCCACGCACCAGCAAAGCGCAGCAGGCAUUCCGCAAGCAGAAGAUUCAAGUUGUGUGGCCAUCAUGGCUGAAUGAUUCAAUUUGCCGCUGGGUGCGCCAAGGUGAAGUCCCCUACUUGAUUCCACAGGAUACCCAAAUUUCGCUUGCUUCGCUGGGUGCACAAGAAGUUGACAGCGUAUCUGCGGACGAAGGAAAUGAUCCCAAUGCAGCAGCUGUUGCAAUGGAUGCGAGUUUAGCUAAUAUGGAUUGGGGUGAAGCCGAAGAUGAAGUUGACGCUUUUUUAGAUGACGAUGAAGAGGAGGACGAGAACGAGGAUCAGGACAAAGAGAAUCGUGAAAAUGGCAUUCAUGCCAGCUGGAACCAUCAUGAGAAUCGACAGGGAGGCAACGAAAGUGAUGCAGAUGACUAUAAUGCCGGAACUGCAGAAGCUGACGCGCCAUCUGAAACCAAUUCGCUCAUGCUGGAAUCUGAUCAGGAUAGUUUGCUACUUUCACCACUAAGCAAGCGUCGUCGCAUUGCAGCCUUGCGAGGAGGCAAGUCGAAAUUGCGCGAAAAAGUCCAUGUCGAUGACGAGCCGGAGGAGCCCACUUCCUCCGACACGGAGCCGGUCAGCACAAAACGCCGCAAAUUGCAAGAUAGCAAAACCAUACCUCCAUCGCAUGUUGAGCAGCUUAAGCUGCGGGAACAAACAGCCUCGCCCGCACCUAGCGAAGAAAUCCUGGACGACCUGGCACUAGAAAUGGAAAAAGAGUUGGGUGAAGACAUUUUCUAG